CGCGAGAACAGGCACAGGAACACAGGAAUUGAGGAGUUAAGCCGACACCGCAAUCAGGCCUGGCUCUGCGCUAGACGCCACCGGCGCGCGUCCGCACACGAAGUCGACGCCGUCGACGCCGGCGCCGCCGCGACGCAACAACAAUGAUGAAGGAGAUGGAGAUGGUCUCGAGCCCGCGCCCGCCGCGGCCGGGCCCCGCGGCGACCGCGACCAGCGCUCGCAAGCCCACCGCGCGGUGCUCGUCCGCGCUGGGCUGGGUCGUCGCCAUGAACGUGUUGCUGGCGGCGACGCAGAUUGCUGUGGGUUCGGCUGUGAAAUCGCUGGCGCUCGUCGCCGACGGCGUGCACACGCUCUCGGACGCGCUCGCGGCCUACGUCGCGCACCUGGCGGAGACGUACGAGAGCAAGGCGUUCGACCGGGAUCGGUGGCCCUUCGGCUACUCGCGCGCCUCGACGGUCGGCGCGCUGAUAAAUGUCGCCGCGCUCGAGGCGCUCUGUUUUUCCAUCGCGCUCCACGCGACGUGUCGGAUGUUUGAUCCCGAACCUCCGACAAAUCUGAAGUGGUUGGCCCUAACGUCGCUCCUCGGCGUGGUCAUCAACGGUGUCUCCGCGGUCCUCACGUGCUGCGGCGUGCGGGGCGCACACGUCCAUUUGGGCCACGGCGCCACGGGCUACGAGGGCCUGAGCAUCUCCGAGGACGGGCAGCCGAAGGGCUCCGCGUGCGUCUGCUGCGCGCCGAUCGUGCCGUCGCCGCUGACGCCGCGGAAGCUGUCGGUCGACGGCGAGGUUACAACGAAGCCGGAGGAGUUGGGCGUCGGGCGUUUGGCGCUGGUCGCGCAUCUCGCGGGGGACGCGGUCACGUGCGCCGUCGUCCUGGCGGAGGCGCUGGUGUUGAAGUACGCGGCGCCGAAGCUGCCGCGGCGGACGCGGCGACUCCUUUUGCGAUAUUUGGACCCGUCGCUAUCGUUGAUAUUGGGCUUCGCGAUCGGCGCGGCGGCGUGGCCGGUGGGCGCGCGCGCGGCGCGGAACCUCCUCGACGAGUCGGCGCAGCCCGGUCUGAAGGGCAAACUCGCGGCGCUCGACGGCGUGUUGAAGGUCGACGGCGCCGCUUUGCUCGUUUUGCGGGACCAGCCAUUCGCCGCGGCCGGUCUCGCGCAUCUCAUCGCGGCGGAUGCCCGAUCGGCUGAAAUCGCAUCGAAGGCCGCGCGUGGGCUUUUCCGAGAUAUCGGCGCGCGCGAGGUCUACGUCGACGUCCGGUUGGCGCCUUCCGAGCUGUCCGCGCCGGGGGCGGGAUGGGCACGGAUGAAGCGACCAUCGGCGGCGAUGGUGUGA